UUCUUUUUAAGGCAAACUGAUGAGCGUGAAGCUUUCGACUAGCCGCCUGCGUACUGCGCCGGGAAUGGGAGACAGAUCGGGUUGUUAUCGUUGCGGGCAGGAAGGCCACUGGUCCAAAGAAUGCCCUCUUGACCAAAAUGGCUACCACGGUUCAGAGCCAAAGUCUGAUGGAUAUGAUGCCUCGAGAUUUGGCGGGCGGGGUCGCAGCAGGGGUUAUCAUCCGGACUUCAGUGGCGAACCAGAUUACGGUGGCAGCUAUGCUCCUGUGCACGGUUUUUCCCGAGGUUCCGGUCACAGCAGCAACAUGGCAGGGUACAGAAGAGGUGCAGGCUAUGAGGGUGCAAUGAGGUAUGGGCCACACCCGGGGUAUGGUGUAAAUGCUGCUGCAGAACAUAGCAUGGCUCAGAUGUAUGGCGGCGAGGCAGCAUACAGGGGCAACGGCUCACUCUAUGGCGCGUUCCCAGCCUACCCGGUGCGACGGUCGCCUUAUGAGGAAAGAGAUCCGUACGGGGUUGUGGACUACUACGAGAAGUACAGGGCCAAUUCUUACGGAGGCAGUUAUUUCGAGGAACGCCGCGCUGUCCCCUUGCCUGCUCCAGCAGCGUCCUCCUCCACGGCUAUAAUGAGGGAGCGUCUGCCUCCCUCUAAUGUCAACCCAUACGAGCGCCCUCCCCUCCCUCCUCCACCAGCCCCAGUCUCUUCAUACUACGCACGUGACCGGAGUCCGAUUCGGAGAGUUGCUGCCGAAGCAGAUGGAUAUACAUAUGAGCGUUCGCGCCUUUCUCCGGUGACCGCCCUCCCAAGAAGUUCUACCUAUGAAAAUCCGCGGGAUCCCGGCGCGGAGCGGGCACGGUAUACAUACUAGUGCUUGUCCCAUGCAGUCAGGGCAGAGCUGAUUUACAGUAAGCAGGUAGGCUAGCCGAAGUGCCAUGUAAACGUCACACAGUGAAUCUCAUUGCUGUUGUUUGAAGCUAAAGUCAGCGCUCUGUAUGUGGGUGGGUGGGCACAGUAAGCAGAUCAUUUAAGUCUAAAUGGUUGGAUACAUUCACAAUAUGCUUUGAUCUUCUUCCAGGUCCUAAUUCACACUCCAGUCCAAACAGUGGCUCAGUUUCCCAUCUCUCAUUGUCUUGUAACAUGCUGUGGUAUAGCUGCAGUUAGCAAGUAUGUAAAAGCAGGUCCAGCCUGAUUCCUUAUGUGACACUGCCACAACUGAAUUUUUGCCCUUCUGAAAAAAACAUACAUAGCCUGAACACAUUACAUUAGUGCAUGGUGCUUAUUGUAAAGGUGAGUCUUCUGUUAAUAGAACUUAAAGUGUAUUCAGCAGCUUCUAAUGUAUUAUGUGCGUUUAGUGUAUUUGUGUUAGUGGAAGUAUGCCUCAUAACUGCAGCGACGGCUAAACAAAUGUGAGUGCUUGAAGCCUGAAAACGAGGACCUUCUCUUCCUUCUCAUGGUUCCACUUUUCUGUUCGGGAUCAGAUGAAAACAUUUGUGAAAUUAAGAUGGGAGAACUUUUUUUUUUUUUUAGGUUCCUUUUUUUUUGUUUUUUUUUUUUUUUUUUUUCUUUUAUUGACAGUAGGAACAUUACUUAAAUUCCAUUGAUUUCCAUUGCUAUGAUAAAUAUGAGAUUCACAUGUUCAACCUGUAGUAGUAAAGCAUCGACCUCGGAACCUUUUUGUCUGUAUUGAUUUCUCACUAUUAGGUUAUAAUAAAAACUCUGUCUAAAGUUU